GCAUUUAAGCGAUUUUCGAGAAUCGCGGACCGUCUUUUGAAGUUGGCUCUCGCAGUCGCCAGCCUUCCUCGCCGCUCCACCGCUUCUGCUCUCCGCGCGCCUCGCGUCAUCCAUCCGCCAACCCCUUCGCCGCACCCCCAUCGCCUUGGCCCUCCAUCACCACUCCGCG